AUGCGUCGCCUCGGGCUCGCGGCAUGCGUCCUGGCCGCCGCCGCGUCGACGCCGGAGCGCCAGGAACUCGUCGUCGUCCCCUGCUGCGGCAUCGGGAACCGCAUCGCCGUCAUGAUGGAGGCGUUGGCCCUGGCCCACGCCUGGUCCCUCGCGCCGUCCGUGAACUGGGUCCGGGGCUCGGUGCUCGGCGCGGCCUUCGGCGACCUUUGGGAGGCCCACCCGGCCUUCGACCGCGUCGUGGAGGUCGACGCGACGAGCGAUCGCGGCAAAUCCGGCGGCCGGGUCACGUGCGGCCGCGACGGCGCGGCGGCGCGGUCCGCGUCCGGCUUCGCGGAGGGCGUCGCCGUGCGCGACUUCGCGGACCUGACCUGCGCGGCGCCGGCCGGCGGGCCCGGGUCCGGCCCCUGCGUCUUCGCGAGCUGCGGCGGCCACGUCGCGCGCCAGUUCGUCGACGUCGCGCGCGCGUGGGUCCCCGACGCGCGGCCGCGGCCCCACAAGAAGCGCGUGUGGCGCGUCCCGACGAGCGACGGCAAGCUGCGGGCCGUGACCUCGCGCGACUUCUUCGAGGGCCGCGACGGGCGCAACGUGUCGGCGGUCCGCGUCGACGACGCGGCGUUCUGCUCCGCGCGCGUCCUCGGCUGGCUCGACGGCUUCCGGCCCGCCGCGGCGCGCGAGAUCCUGCGGCUGCUGACGACCUUCGUCGAGAAGUGCGGCGAGCCCGAGGCGCCCCCGCCGCUCGUCGCGACGUCCUUCGUGCCGCCGCUGCUCGAGCCCGUGCUCAACGACUACCGGCGGUCCAUCGUCGAGGCGCGCGACAGCGACGUGCUGAACCUGCUGGCCGCGACGGUGGACAAGCUGCGGGAUCUGGUGGCGAACGAGGUGCCGCGCGUGCUCGACGCCGUCUUCGAGCCGACGCUGCGCAUGAUCACGCGCAACUUCGAGGACUUUCCCGGAGCACCGGCUCGCGCCGUGAACACGCACUGCUUCGCGGCCCUCUUCGCCAUCCCCGUGGCCCACCACAAGCUCGUCGUCGACAGCGUCGUCUGGGCGUUCAAGCACACGGAGCGCAACGUCGCGGACACGGGCCUGGAGAUCCUCUACGAGCUGCUGCUCAACGUCGGCCGGACCGUGGACGACGCGAAGCAGCCCUUCUACCGCGCCUUCGUGCUGCCCCUCAUCCAGGACGUGCUCGCGGUCAUGACGGACCGGCUCCACAAGAGCGGCUUCAAGAUGCACGCGACGCUCCUCCGCCACCUCUUCCACCUCGUCGAGGCGGGCCACGUGACGGCGCCCCUCUUCGACGACCCGACCAAGUACCCGUCGAACCAGGCCUUCCUCCGGGACCACCUCAAGGAGUUCAGCGAGCAGAACAACCAGGACCUCUACUCCGAGGAGCGCGCGGCCCAGCAGGUCGCCGUCGCGGAGCAGCAGAACGCCGCGCGCCUCGCGGUCCCGGGCCUCGUGAACCCGCACGACCGCCCCAUGGACGACGACGACCUGUGA